AUGACUAUAAAUAAUAAACCAACAAAUGCACCAGAACAUUGUCCGGGUCCAACUACACAAGAAGCAGGAAAAGCUUCUGCAUGUCAAGGAUGUCCAAACCGAAAUAUAUGUGCUACUACACCAAAAGGACCUGAUCCAGAUUUACCAUUGAUUAAACAACAAAUGAGCAAUGUUAAACACAAAUUAGUAAUAUUAUCAGGCAAAGGAGGAGUAGGUAAAAGUACUUUUACUUCACAACUUGGUUUUGCUUUUUCAAGUAAUGAAAAUAUCCAGGUUGGAAUAAUGGAUAUUGAUGUUUGUGGUCCUUCAAUUCCUAAAAUAAUGGGGUUAGAGGGUGAACAGAUCCAUCAAAGUUUGUCAGGAUGGUCGCCAGUUUAUGUACAGGAAAAUUUGGGUGUGAUGUCGAUUGGAUUUAUGUUACCAAAUCCUGAUGAAGCAAUCAUUUGGCGUGGGCCUAAAAAAAACGGUUUGAUAAAACAAUUUUUGAAAGAUGUUGAUUGGGGAGAAUUGGAUUUUUUAUUGAUAGAUACACCUCCUGGUACAUCUGAUGAACACUUGUCAAUUGUUCAAUAUCUUAAAGACAGUGGAAUUGAUGGUGCAAUUAUAAUAACUACACCUCAAGAAGUUGCUUUACAAGAUGUAAGGAAAGAAAUUGAUUUUUGUAAAAAAGUUAAAAUUCCAAUAUUAGGAGUAGUAGAAAAUAUGAGCGGUUUUAUAUGUCCAAAUUGUAAAGAAGAAUCAGUGAUUUUUGCAGCAACAACUGGAGGUGCAAAAAAAAUGGCAGAAGAUAAUGAAAUUCCUUUUUUAGGUUCUAUUCCAUUAGAUCCGAGAAUUGGAAAAUCUUGUGAUAGUGGACUAUCAUUUUUAUAUGAAUAUCCUGAUUCAUCAGCCAGUAAAGCUUAUUUAAAAAUCAUUGAAGGUACUCUUGGAUUAAAUUUUAUAGUUAUAGUUGUCACUAAUAUUUGA